AACACACACAAUCGUCUAAGUUAGAACCCACUUCUUUCCCUUUCUGUCCUUUUUUUAUUUAUUUUUUUUUUAUUUUCCAUCGUUCAUAGUCACAAACAGUAACCACAAACUCAACAUAGUACUUACUAGGAUUAAGUAAAACUAGUGACUAUUUUUUCUCAAAACUUGACAGCCGAAGAGAGUUUUGGUUCUUUUUCCUUUCCUUCCCUUCCUGAAGAGACGAUAAUGCUAGAUCCAGCUAGUGAAUUGGUGCCACCACCAUCUUCACCCACCAACUCAUCCAUUUCUUCAUCUGAUCUUGACACCGAGUCUACGGGAUCGUUCUUCCACGACAGAAGCACCACACUGGGCACUCUCAUGGGUGUGAGCUUCCCGGCUAUUACCUUCAGAGCCUCCGAAAUCCACCCACAUUCUGCCGCCGCCGCCUCCGUUGCCGCCGCAGCGGGUGACUCUCGGAGGGGUGUUGAGUCCAAGAAGAAGAGGGCGAUUGCGGCGGCGGAUCGCCGGCGGAGGUGGUGGUGGUUGUGCAGGGAUGGCGACGCAAGGCCGGCUUCGCUCGGUGAGUUUCUCGAGGUGGAACGGCGGUGCGGCGACGGCGCGUUUUACGGCACGGCGGCGGAACUCGAAGGAAUGGUGAUGGAUCCGCAGAGGAGCCAUGGGCGGGCCUUGUUUUCCGAUGGGAGGGUUCUUCCGCCAGCCGUCGUUGACGACGGAGCAUCGACGGCGGGGAGUCUUUGUAGUAGAUUCCCGGUUUUGCUCACCGGGAUCUGUAGCGGCGGCGCUGGUUAAGAUUGAGUUUCAAUUUUGAUUUUUGAUUUUUUUUUCCUUUUUUUUUCUCUAAUAAAUUAAAGGGAAGAAAAAGGAAAAAUGGUCAAUGAUUUUUUAGGAUUGGUGGUUUGUUUGAUUGAUUAGUACAUGAUUACAAUUCUUAUGACUGUGAUUUACAUUCUAAAUACAUAUAUGAUUACUAUUUUUA